AACAUUUUAUGUAUUUUGGCUUAUUCUAUAUCACUUUUAUAACAACACUGAAUCACAUUCAAGUCACAGGAAAGCGCUGAACAGCUCGGAAACGAACAUUUCGCGAUAUCUUCUGCUGCCAUAACCGAUUCACACGCCUACCCAGGUAGCAGCAAAUGCCAAAAUGUCCGGCCACAAAAAACUGGCGUUCUUCCGAAAGUGUAAACAACUUGGUUUGUGAUAAGAAGCCAAGCCGAUCGAGCGGAAGAUGGGUCGCCGAAAAUCCAAAAGAAAGCCGCCGCCGAAGCGCAAAAACAUCGAGCCGCUUGAUCAACAGUUUAACUGCCCUUUCUGCAACCACGAAAAGUCGUGCGAAGUGAAAAUGGACAAAGGGAAAAAUUCGGCCAAGAUCAUCUGCCGGGUAUGCAUGGAGGAGUACCAGACGAAUAUAAAUUUCCUCUCGGAACCGGUGGAUGUAUACAACGAUUGGGUGGACGCUUGUGAGACGGCUAACUGAAAGCGGCGUGCGGCCUGCCAGCGACGCGCCGGUGAAUCUGUGGAGAUGUGUGUGUGUGUAAGAUAAGGAAAUUGACUAAAAAUAAAUCGAUUAAGUAUC